AUGAUCCAAGGCAUCUUUUACGCCAGGUUCUUCCCCCAAGAGGGCCCCAAGAUUGUCGCCCAAUCUCCCGCGGGCUGUAUCACCCCCGUCGACAACUCAACCAAGCCGCCCCUCAUCGACUUUGAUGUCCUGCACGAGUACAUCAUCCCCCGCCAGGCCUUUUGCAACCGCUACCUCACCAUCAACACCCCGGACGGCAAGUACACCGUCCUCGGCCACCCCGUCGUCAUCCCCCACACAAAGUAUCUGCGCAACGAGUUCAUCUUCAACUUUGGCCUUGUCCUCGACGCCGAUGUUGACCAUGUCCCGUAUGAACGCGUCGUCCGCGGGUUGGCUUCGACCUUUUCCGAGAUGGAGAAGCAGAAUGAGUAUUUGAGUCAGAAUGCUGAGACCAAGGGCCCCGGGAGGAGGCCCAUUGAUAGUUUGCUUGAGAUUGUCAAGGAGGAUCUCGACAACUAUGGAGAGUGCAUGAUUCCAGUUGAUGAAGCCAAUACCAUCAACAUGAAGCUCUUCCCUCAUCACGUCGACCCUCCCCGUGUCCGGGGCUGGCACGUCCCCGUCCCCAAGACCAAGUUUGCAGACAUUGUUGACCCAACCUGGGACCUCACCCUUCAAAAGGUAAUCUCUCACAUUGACGGCGUGUCUGAUGUCCGCCGCAUCGCCCAUGCUGCAUCGGUCUCGCUGGAGCUCGCAAAGACGGCUCUGCGCCACCUUCUCUACUAUGACACCAUCCUCCUCCUAGACAUGUUCUUCUUCUCCGCCUGCUACGCCCCGCGCCCGGGCAUCCACGACUUUAUCCGCAACCUUGACGGUAUGGUUGAUGAGUGUGCGGCAUAUGUCUCACAUGGCCGUGGUCGUGUCAGCAACUAUCACCUCAUCAAGCUCAUGUCUACCUUUGCGCCUGGAAGAACCGUCAUGGAGUGGCUCAAGGGCCAUCAAGAUGCGGGCUUUGAGGUCCUGCGAUUCGUCGAUGUCCGCAGACUCGUCCAAUUCGGCGUUAUCAAGGGCUGUCUCUACCGCGUCCACAAGUUUGUCGUCUCUAAGCAGUACCUCGCUGCCUUGGCCUCUGGCCAGAGCCGACCGGUUCCUGGAGGAGAUCCUCUGCAAAAGUACACUGAUGGUUGCCAUCACUUUGACCAGAUUAUCACGGAGCAGAACCUGACGGAUAGUGAGAUUAUGGAGAAGCUCAAGAAGCUACCAGUUCCAAAGGGAGAUUUGGUCGUCUUCUACCGAUAA